AUGUCAAAUCAACCAAAACAAAGUAUUUCUAAGUCUGAUAAAUACCCACCAAAAAGGAGAGGCUCUCAUGAUGAAAAAACUGCCAAACCGCGCAGAUUCUUAAUCGAUGUUGAAGAAACUAAAAAAUUAAUUUUAGAACAAGAAGAUACCGACGGUGAUUGCCAAAUAACUAUUAAAGAUAUGGGACCAAAAACUUUGACUUUGGGUACUGCAGAUUCUGGUGGUCACAAGAAAUUUGAAAUCCGUGGUACAUAUAUGCUAAGUAAUUUGUUACAAGAAUUGGUCUUGGCUCAAGAUCAUGGUCGAAAACAUAUAGUAUUAGAUGAGGCUAGACUUAAUGAAAAUCCUGUUGAUCGUUUAUCUCGUAUGAUUAAACAUCAUUUUUGGGAUGGAUUGACCAGGAAAAUAGAUGCUGACAGUCUAAAAGUCAUUUGUUCUGAUACGAAAAACAGAACUGCUGACCAUUCUCCUCGUAUUUAUAUUCCAUAUGGUGAAUAUGAAAUAUUCGAUUAUUACAAAACUAUUUCAGAUAAUCGUCCUCAUUUGAAAUUAGAGGUGGAAAUGUUACCAAAGGAAAUAACUCCAGAUUACGUGAAAAGCAUCAAUCAUAAGCCUGGUAUAUUAUCUUUGGCUAUGCGUAAAUCAAUUGAUAAGGAUGGGAAUGUUACUUUUAAAGGUGUUCCUUUUGUGGUACCUGGUGGUAGAUUCAAUGAAAUGUAUGGUUGGGAUUCUUACUUUGAAUCAUUGGGUUUAAUAAUCGAUGGUAGAAUUGAUUUAGCAAAGGGAAUGGUUGAUAAUUUUGUUUAUGAAAUUCAACAUUAUGGUAAAAUAUUAAAUGCCAAUAGAAGUUAUUACUUGACCAGAUCUCAACCUCCUUUCUUGACUGAUAUGGCUUUAAAGGUUUACUUUGAUAAAAAAGAAUGGCUAGCUUCUGCAAUAAAAGCUGCAAUAAAAGAAUAUUACACUGUUUGGAUGUGUGAACCACGUUACGAUCCUGUCACUGGUUUAUCAAGAUAUCAUCCAACUGGUAUUGGUAUCCCUCCUGAGACCGAAGCAAGUCAUUUUGAUCAUGUUAUAUUACCAUUUGCUGACAAAUUGGGUUUAUCUAUCAAAGAAUUUUCCUUGAAAUAUCAAAAUCUUGAAAUAAAUGAGCCAUUAUUAGAUGAAUAUUUUCUACAUGAUAGAGCUGUAAGAGAAUCUGGCCAUGAUACUACUUAUAGAUUUGAAAAAAAAUGUGCCAACUUGGUCACCAUAGAUUUGAAUUGUUUACUUUACAAAUAUGAGAUGGAUAUUUACAAGAUAAUAAAAGAAAUUUUUGACGAUAAAUUAAUAAUUGAAAACGAUUGUGACGAUGGUAAUGAGUUUAGAAUAGAAACAAGUGAACCUUGGGUAUUAAGAGCCAAAUUACGUAAAGAACGUAUUGACAAGUAUCUUUGGAACGAGGAAAAAAAUCUUUAUUAUGAUUAUGAUAUUGUUAAAAAAGAACAAACUGUAUAUGAUAGUGUUACUGCUUUUUGGGCACUUUGGGCAGGUUGUGCAAGUGAAGAACAAGCUGAGAAAUUAGUUAAAGUCUCUCUACCAAGAUUUGAGGUUCUCGGGGGACUUGUAAGUGGUACAGAAGAAUCUCGUGGUAAAAUAUCAUUGGAUAGACCAAAUAGACAAUGGGAUUACCCUUUUGGUUGGGCACCACAUCAAAUAAUGGCUUGGAAAGGCUUAGAGAAUUAUAAUCAUAUGGUUGAGGCACGUAGAUUGGCGUAUCGCUGGUUGUACACAAUAACAAAAUCAUUUGUUGAUUUUAAUGGGGUUGUUCCUGAAAAGUAUGAUGUUGUAACAUUAAAUCAUUUAUUACAAGUUGAAUAUGGUAAUGUUGGUGUAGACUUCAAAUAUAUACCUAGAGAAGGAUUUGGUUGGAUGAAUGCUUCUUAUCAAAUUGGGCUGACUUAUUUAAGUAACCAAAUGAGAAAGGCUUUAGGUGCUUGUACAAGCCCCGAAGUCUUUUUCUUUAGAAAUCGUGUCACCAAGGAAAUCCGAUUAGAUGAUAACACUACCACAGUUGUUACCACCACUACCAAUAAAAACGAAGUAGUACAAGAUCAAGUUUUACACCAUCAACCUUCUCACUUUAAAGCUGUUUCAAUGUUAUAG